AUGGAUCGUGAUUUUCAUCGUCGUGGUCAAGUGGCGAAUGAUCGUUCACCGAGCAGCUACUUUGUUCGGUUGGAUAAACCGAGAUCCGUAGACGAUCUUGAUAUAGGCAAGAGAGGGAAGAUGCGUAGGUGGCUUUGCUGUUCUUGUCGUGUACAAGAAUCAUACCCUUCAAUUGAACAUGACAGAGUGAAAAGCCCUCCUACUCGCCACCAUGACUAUGGACGUACCAAUAAGAAACCACCAGCUCCUAUGAAGCCUGCCGUGUUAAAGGAGCCUCCUCCUAUUGAUGUCCCCGCGAUGUCAUUGGAGGUGCUUAGAGGAAAGACUGAAAACUUCGGAUCAAAGGCUUUGAUUGGGGAAGGAUCCUAUGGAAGAGUGUACUACGCAACCUUGAAUGAUGGGAAGACUGUGGCUGUGAAAAAGCUUGAUAAUGCAUCCGAACCCGAGACAAAUGUCGAGUUCUUGACUCAGGUCUCGAAGGUUUCGAGGCUGAAGAAUGACAAUUUUGUUGAGCUUCUUGGUUAUUGUGUCGAAGGACAUCUUCGUGUCCUUGCGUAUGAGUUUGCCACAAUGGGAUCCUUGCACGACAUUUUACAUGGGAGAAAGGGAGUCCAAGGAGCACAACCUGGUCCAACACUUGAGUGGAUGCAACGAGUCCGAGUUGCAGUUGAUGCAGCGAAAGGAUUAGAAUACUUACACGAGAAAGUUCAACCUGCCGUUAUACACAGAGAUAUUCGAUCUAGCAAUGUGCUUCUUUUCGAAGAUUUCAAAGCCAAGAUCGCUGACUUUAAUCUGUCGAAUCAAGCUCCUGAUAUGGCUGCUCGUCUUCAUUCUACUAGAGUUUUGGGGACAUUCGGUUAUCACGCACCAGAAUACGCGAUGACAGGACAGCUGACCCAAAAGAGUGAUGUUUACAGUUUCGGAGUUGUGCUUUUGGAGCUUCUAACCGGGAGAAAACCGGUUGAUCAUACAAUGCCUCGUGGUCAACAAAGUCUUGUCACUUGGGCUACUCCAAGGCUGAGUGAAGACAAAGUGAAGCAAUGUGUUGAUCCAAAACUCAAAGGAGAGUAUCCAAUUAAAGCAGUUGCAAAGCUUGCGGCAGUUGCAGCGUUGUGUGUGCAAUACGAAGCAGAGUUUAGGCCAAACAUGAGCAUUGUAGUAAAAGCUCUUCAACCGCUCUUGAGGUCUUCAACAACAGCUGCUGCUCCUGCACCACCUCAAGCUUGA